UUUGAGGUAUAGAAUACAUACAUUUCCUUAGCCGUUAAGUUUCUUAGCAUCGAAGUCACUCCAUCAUUUCAACCAACGAUCCACACUAAAAAAUUCACUCAAUUUCUUCCUCCAAUUAUCAACUUCUCUCCUACAAAGUCCUGUGUUCCAAUCCCAGAAACGACCAUGAAAGUGAAUCACAUAGCUGCGGUGUUGCUGCUGCUUCUUCUUCCUCUGUUUGAUUCGGGGUAUUGCGUUGAAGACCCAUUUAUCAAGAUGAAACUGGGCGGUGUUCGCGAUUACAUCGGCGCUCAGAACAGCCUUGAAAUUGACGCUCUCGCUCGUUUCGCAGUCCAAGAACACAACAAGAAAGAGAAUGGUCUUCUGGAAUUUGAGCGGGUGUUGAAAGCUAAAGAACAGGUAGUUGCCGGUAAGUUGUAUCAUCUUACAUUGGAAGCCAUUGAUGGUGGUAUAAAAAAGGUUUAUGAAGCCAAAGUGUGGGUGAAGCCAUGGAUGAACUUCAAACAGUUGCAGGAAUUCAAACCAUGCCCAUGAUGGAUCUUCAGGUGCCGUUCUGCUCCUCGUGUUCAAACUGGUAUGGUAAGUGAAGAGUAUACAUAAACAUACCCUAUAGCCCAUGUGGGUUGCUGCUGAAGGUAAACAACAGAAUAGAUCUGAAACAUUAUUAUAUGAUAUGUUUAUAAUAAUUGUGUAAUAUAAUUAUAUAUGGAACUGGUAAUCUAAGUUUGUAGAAACAAUAAAUAAGAGAUGCAUAUACUUUCAUGUAGAGAUCCCUUCAAAGUGAUGCUCACAAGCGUGUU